AUGGCUGAGGAGGAUCGGGACAAGACCUCCUUCAUCACCGAGGAGGGAACCUACUGCUACAGGACCAUGUCGUUCGGGUUGAAGAACGCGGAAGCCACUUACCAGCGCCUGGUCAACAAGUUGUUCCAAAACCAGAUCGGCAGAAGCAUGGAGGUCUAUGUCGAUGACAUGAUCGUCAAAAGUCGAACUGACCAGCGGCUCAUACCCGACCUGCGGGAGAUCUUGGACAUCCUACUGAAGAGUCGGAUGCGCUUAAAUCUGAAGAAAUGCACCUUUGGGGUCAGAUCGGGAAGGUUUCUCGAUUUUCUGGUGUCCCGAGACGGAAUCUGGGCCAACCCGGAUAAGUUACAGGCUAUCAUAGACAUGGAUCCUCCAAGGAACGUGAAGGAAGUCCAGCGGCUCACAGGGAGAAUGGCCGCCCUGAGUAGGUUCCUCUCGCGCUCCGCGGUCAGGGGGCUGCCCUUCUUCCGAGUGCUAAAAGCGUCUAAGGACUUUCACUGGACGGAGGAGUGCCAAAAAGCCUUCACCGACCUGAAGGCCUAUCUGGCUGAGCUGCCCACUUUGACCGCCCCGGAGCUAGGAGAGACUCUGUUCCUUUACCUGUCCGCCUGCAACGAGGCCAUCAGCGCGAUUUUGGUGCGGGAGGACAGGGGGGCUCAGAGACCGGUGUACUAUAUUAGCCGUGCCCUACAGGGGCCAGAGACGAGGUACACGCCCGCGGAAAAGCUGGUCCUUGCCUUGGUACACGCCACUCGCAAGCUCCGCCCUUACUUCCAAACUCACAGCAUCGUAGUCCUGACCGACCAGUUCUUGCGCCAGAUACUCACUAAACCCGAGGUCUCGGGCAGGAUGACCAGGUGGGCCGUCGAACUGGCCGAGCAUGACCUCACUUAUCGGCCUCGCACCGCGAUCAAGUCUCAAGCCUUGGCAGACUUCCUUGCUGAGGGGGCUGACUUGAGCCUGACCGAGUUAACCCCGACACCCCCGGACACCCCGGCUGAGGAGCCGUGGGUGCUGUUCGUGGAUGGCGCCUCGAGCAAGGAAGGGAGCGGAGCUGGCCUGCUGCUCACCUCGCCCACGGGGGAAGAACUGACCUAUGCGCUUAGGUUCGACUUCUCUGCGUCCAACAACGAGGCAGAGUACGAGACCUUGUUGACGGGGUUGCGGAUAGCUCACCAGAUGGGCAUCACCGCGAUCCGGGUUCGAAGCGACUCUCAGCUCGUCGUCCUCCAGGUCCGUGGGGAGUAUGAGGUCAAGGACGAGGUAAUGAAGAAAUACCUGGCUAAGGUACGAGAGGCGGUAGCCCUGUUCGAGACCUUUGAGAUUGAGCGGGUGCCAAAGUCCCAAAACAAGUGCGGACGCCUUGUCCAAGCUGGCGUCCUUCUCGUUCGCCCACCUGAGCAAGGAGGUCUUGGUAGAGGUGGUGAAGCAGAAAACUCGGGUGCCCUCCCCGAGAACAAAACCGAGGCUCGCCGAAUCCAAAUCCGAGCUGCCAAGUACGCCUACGCCGGGGGAACCCUUUAUGGGAGGUCGUACUUGUCCCCCUGGCUAAAGUGCGUGACGCCCGAGGAAGGUGACUACGUUCUGCGCGAAAUCCAUGAAGGUAUAUGUGCGGCACACGUCGGGUCCUGGGUGUUGGCCAAAAAGUGCCUCCUUUUGGCCUACUAUGGGCCCUCCGUCUUCCGAGACGCGGCAGAUUUGGUCCAAAAAUGCCGAGCUUACCAGGUCCACGCUUCGCUGCGCAAUCAGCCAGCUCGGGAGAUGCUUCCCAUCCACAGUCCUUGGCCCUUCGCUCAAUGGGAGAUAGACCUCCUAGGUCCUUUCCCCCGAGCCCCGGGAAGAUAUGAACAUCUCGUGGUGGCAAUAGACUACUUCACAAAGUGGGUGGAGGCGGAGCCCCUGGUCUCUAUCUCUGGAAAGGCAAUUCAGAAAUUCUUCUGGAGGAACAUAGUUUGCCGCUUCAAAAUUUUGCACGUCCUGAUAUCCGACAACGGCCGCCAGUUCGCCGAGAGCCCUUUCCGGAGCUGGUACGCCGAGCUCGGGAUCAGUCAACACUUCACGUCGGUGGGUCACCCCCAGGCCAAUGGUCAGAAUUUCGUGGCAACAUCCAACGACGAAGAGUUGCGGUGCAACUUAGACAUGCUUGAGGUUAAGCGGGAGGAAGCAGCCAUUCGGAUGGCUAAGUACAAAAGCCAGCUCGCCCGCUACCACAACGCCCGAGUAAGGAGCACGCAGUUCCAGCCAGGAGACCUGGUCUUGCGAAAGAACUCGAUCAGCAGAGCUCACAGUUCCAACAAGCUCGACCCAAAUUGGGAGGGCCCCUACAAGGUCCUUGAGGUAGGUCAAGCCGGUUACUGCAAGCUCGCCGACAUGAACGGAUCUGAGGAUCAGCUCUUCCAUCAGCACGCCGAGCUGAUCAGGUCAGCUCUCCCAGGGGAAGUUCCGUGCUUCUUCAGGCAGCAAAAGGAUUUUGAAGCCACAAAUAUUGUUUAA